AGGCAGACAAAAGUUGGGCCCAGAGACCGCUUCGCCUGUCCGUCCGCCGCCACCCACCCGGGGCACAGAAUAUCCAGGCAUGGAUAAAAACGAGCUGGUGCAGAAGGCCAAACUGGCCGAGCAGGCUGAGCGAUACGAUGACAUGGCAGCCUGCAUGAAGUCUGUAAUUGAGCAAGGCGCUGAAUUAUCUAAUGAGGAGAGGAAUCUUCUCUCUGUUGCUUGUAAAAAUGUUGUAGGAGCCCGUAGGUCAUCUUGGAGGGUUGUCUCAAGUAUCGAGCAAAAGACGGAAGGUGCUGAGAAAAAGCAGCAGAUGGCUCGAGAAUACAGAGAGAAAAUUGAGACUGAGCUAAGGGAUAUCUGCAACGAUGUGCUGUCUCUUUUGGAAAAAUUCUUAAUCCCCAAUGCUUCACAAGCAGAGAGCAAAGUCUUUUAUUUGAAAAUGAAAGGAGACUACUACCGUUACUUGGCUGAGGUUGCUGCUGGUGAUGACAAGAAAGGGAUUGUGGACCAGUCACAACAAGCAUACCAAGAAGCUUUUGAAAUCAGCAAAAAGGAAAUGCAACCAACACAUCCUAUCAGAUUGGGUCUGGCCCUUAACUUCUCCGUCUUCUAUUACGAGAUUCUGAACUCUCCAGAGAAAGCCUGUUCUCUGGCAAAGACAGCUUUUGAUGAAGCCAUUGCUGAACUUGAUACAUUAAGUGAAGAGUCAUACAAGGACAGCACGCUAAUAAUGCAAUUACUGAGAGACAACUUGACAUUGUGGACAUCGGAUACCCAGGGAGAUGAAGCUGAAGCAGGCGAAGGAGGGGAAAAUUAACUGGCCUUCCAACUUUUGUCUGCCUCAUUC